AUGCUGUCCUCCAUUGUACGCGCCCGCGCGCCCAUCUCGCGCCUCACAUGUCGCAUCCCGACCACCAGCACUCGUGCUAUGGGCACAUACGCUACAUUCAAGGUGCCCCAGGUCAACAAUGAACCUAACAAACACUACGCUCCUGGUUCACCUGAUCGCAAGGGCCUUGAGGAGGCUUUGGCAAACUACAAGCAGCAGGGUGCCUUGAACGUGCCUCUCGUCGUUGCGGGCAAGGAGCUCAAGGGAUAUGAGACUUUCACUCAGACUAACCCUGCGACCCACGCUCCUGUGGCAACUUACUCGAAUGCCACCAAGGCCGAUGUCCAGUCCGCGAUUGAUUCGGCCCUCGCCGCUCGCAAGUCCUGGGCUGAUACUCCUUUCGCCGAGCGUGCCAGCAUUUUCCUGAAGGCCGCUGAUUUGAUCUCGACCAAGUACCGCUACGAUAUUAUGGCCCUGACCAUGAACGGACAGGGCAAGAACGCAUGGCAAGCUGAGAUUGAUUCCGCUGCUGAGCUUUGCGACUUCCUCCGCUUCGGUGUCAAGUAUGCCCAGGAGAUUUACGCCCAACAGCCUUCUCACAACUCUCCUGGUGUGUGGAACCGUCUUGAGUACCGCCCCCUUGAGGGCUUCGUGUACGCAAUCAGCCCCUUCAACUUCACCGCGAUUGGUGGAAACCUGGCUGGUGCGCCCGCUCUGAUGGGUAACGUCGUGAUCUGGAAGCCCUCUCCCUCUGCGAUUGCCUCCAACUGGCUUGUGCACCAGAUCCUGCUUGAGGCCGGUCUGCCCAAGGAUGUUAUUCAGUUUGUUCCUGGUGAGGCUGAGGAGGUCACUAGCACCGUUCUCGAAAGCCGCGAUUUCGCUGCUCUUCACUUCACCGGAAGCACUGAUGUGUUCCGCAUGCUGUACGGCAAGAUCUCCCAGGGUGUUGCUGACGGCAAAUACCGCAGCUACCCUCGUAUUGUCGGUGAGACUGGUGGCAAGAACUUCCACUUGGUCCACAAGUCGGCCGAUAUCCGCAACGCCGCAGUCCAGACCGUUCGCGGUGCUUUCGAGUUCCAGGGCCAGAAGUGCAGCGCCACCUCCCGUGCCUACAUUGCCUCUUCGAUCGCCGAGGACUUCACCCAGCAGGUUGUUGCUGAGGUCCAGAAGAUCAACGUUGGCGAGCCUUCUGAGUUCACCAACUUCUGCGGUCCUGUCAUCCACGAGGCUUCGUUCAACAAGCUCUCCGGAGUUAUCGAUGAGGCUAAGAACGACCCCGAGCUUGAGCUCCUCGUCGGUGGAAGCUACGACUCUUCCAAGGGCUGGUACAUUCAGCCUACCGUUUACCGUACCACCAACCCAGACCACCCUCUGCUCUCACGCGAGCUUUUCGGUCCCGUUCUGGUCAUCCACUCCUACAACGAUGCCACUGAGGCCGACUUCGCCAAGAUCUGUGAGAAGAUCGAUAGCACCAGCACCUACGCCUUGACCGGCUCCGUGUUCGCGCAGGAUCGCGCUGCUGUCCAGGCUGCUGAUGAGGCUCUGCGCAACGCCGCCGGUAACUUCUACAUCAACUGCAAGAGCACUGGUGCCGUUGUUGGCCAGCAGCCCUUCGGUGGUGCCCGCGCUAGCGGUACCAACGACAAGGCCGGAAGCGCCAACUUGAUGGCCCGUUUCGUCAGCCUGCGCUCCAUCAAGGAGGAGUUCACUCCCACAUACACCGUUGCUUACCCUAGCAACGCCAACUAA